AUGCGAGCAAGGCUGUGUACAUCAGCUCGCAGAUUUCACCGUUGAACAUGUAAACUAACGACGAACAUGUGUAAUAAUUCGGAGACGCCGAGCGGUUGAGCCAUCUGACAGACCCGGAUGUCGUUCAUUGAGCGCUCAUCUACGGAUAUGUCGGAAUCAUUCGGGUCAGAAAGCACAUUGGUCUGUGAGACACGCUCGAUACUCGGUGCUGAAGUGACUCAGUCGGGUAAUGCAGGAGCGGAAGAAAGUCCAAGCGGUCGGAAUUCUCAAGGCCAAGAGGGUCAAGCCACUGCCACGUCCAGCAUGUCCAAGUGCGCGAGCCGAUACAAAAUAUCGCCGAUUUCCACUCAUCAGCGGCUUGAAUACAGAGUCUUUCUCCAAAGACAAGGCAUUCCACCCAUUGACAGAUAACACAACUUCAGAAUUCAACAACGGAAGCUUAAGCGCAACACCAUGACGACCCCUCAGAGACUCGAGACCGUCCGCCGCCUACGAACAGCUAUGGCAGCUGCGUAUUGCGGGCUAAGCGCAUGGUGCCUUUUACACCCAUAUUCUGUCGUCUCUUUGGGAUUUACUCCGAAGUACGUCGCCAUGGCAAACGAGACCACAUACCUCUUCGUGCGCUGCUGGGGCGCCCAGGCGAUGACGUGCGGCGUGGUACUGGGUACGUCCCAAAUGACGGCCUUCAGCUUCAAGGUCUUUGGCCUCGCCAUGAUCCCGUACAUUGUGGGGUUCAACUUCUGGUUCAGCGACAUCGGUCCGGGGAGGGGGAUGAUCAACAGUUGGAUGUGGCUGGACUUCAUUGGGAACACGUUCUUCAUGCUCGGGUCGUUCUGGUGUGCAAAGGUGUUGGAGGAGGAGCGCAAGAAGGGGAAGCGGUGAGGUCGAGAGGAUUCAAGUUGUGGGGUAAAUGGUAGGUGGGGGUGAGAUGUAUUCUAGAGAGCUGUCGAUAACUCCAUUAGAGUGGCUGGGAAAUGGAACUGUCAGUUUCUUGUAGUUGA